AUCUGGGUCAUAGUUAAUUAGGAUAACCUAAUUGUCAAUUGAUCGGCAAUGAAUUGAAGAUUCAAUUUCUCUUAGAACUAAAUUAAACCACGCAAGGAAAUAAUCAUUUAAUCAUCAAUCCAUAACAAUCAGAAUUAGUAAACAUUCAGACAAUUAAAUUGGAUUAACGAGAACACUAAAUGAUUAAGAUUGAAAAGGAUUUUAAGGUGAUUAUGAUUAAAACUAAUUGAAAUCAUCUUCUUAUUGUAUCUUCUCAUCUUUUGCUUGGUUGCAUUAGAAUCAUGAUUAAGUUUAAUUCAGUUAAUUGUUCCUCUUAUUGUAACAAUUUUUAUUUGUAGGAUGAGCUGAUUCUUUUUUUUUCUUUAGGCUAAAGAUCAAAACCAUCAUCAUCAUUGACAAUUAAUCGAUUACAAUGGAUGAUUCUUGUGUUCUGUUAAUCACUAAUCAUCAUUAAUUAGUUAAUUGUUGUUCCAUUCUUAUGAUCCAAUUGAGGAGAGUCUAUUUUAGGAAGGUAACAUCUAUCGUCCAUCUUCAUUUCAUCUUAAUCGUGAUUUCUGUCAACAUCAAGUUCAAUUUUUCGUAAUUCGAGUUAAUUUUUUUCUUCUAAAUUUGUUUCUUAAUUAGUUCAACACUCGAUUCAAGGAUGAGUGUUAAUUGUCAUCAAAUUAAAUCACAGAUUAAUUAUCAUUCUAGAGAAGUGAUGUUUUUUGCUUCUCUCUUGAUUGUUUCCUCUCUCAUCUCUGGAACCAUUGGUAAAAAUAGUGAACCGAUAAUUAUUAUUCUCGGCCCUCCAGGGGCUGGUUUACCCUCUUCCAGCUCUUCGGGUGCCGGUGGACCUUUGGGACAGAUUGAGGCUACACUGUCUGAUCGGGAUUCUUCGGGUUCUUCAAGGUCAACUUUUAAUCUUUUCCGUUCAACUUCAUCCGACAAGAAGGAUGAGAAAAAAGGACCUCACAUAAUUUUCAUCGGUGGAUCAGCAUCAGGUCCAAUGAAUAACGGUAACAAUGGACCUAUGAUGGGAUCGAUGCAAGGUCCACCCUCUUCACCAGUGAAUCAUGGCCAAGGUCAGAAUGGUAUGAAUAUCGGUGGAAUGAACAGUUUCAUGACAAAUUCAAAUGUUAACGGCAACGGAUUUGGCCCAGGUACUGGUUCGAGUGUUGGUUCACCUAUUGGUGGACUUUCAACUGGUCCCAUGAGACGAGGGUCAAGUAGCCCCGGUGUUAGUGUUACCAGUUCAAGUAAUAAUUAUUUACCUUAUCCAAUGUCCAGUGGGUCAAUUAAUUCACCGUCUAUGGUUUCUAAUUAUCCUUACAUACCCUACGUAAUGGGCGGUGGUGGUUACAGCUCACCAACUAAUUACCCACCGACGGGCUAUGAUUACAAUGAUUACGUUUGGAAUGGUUGGAAAAGAUAAUCAAAUUAAAUUGUAUACUUUUUACAAUUCAAUCUUUUAAAUUGUGAUUCCAAAUAUCACUUUAAUAUAAUAAUAGAAAUCAAAACUACCAGAGUUUUAUUUAUUCAUUUACAUUAAUAUGUGAGGCGAUUUUACUUUUGCCGUUGAUCUAAAAUAAAAAAACUCGAGAAAGUCAUCAGUCCACAUCUGAUUUACGGACUUAAAUGCAAAUUUUAGGUGAAGCACCAAAUUAUUAAUAAUAUUCAAGGUCACCUUAGAACUGCCUCCGGCGAUAAACUCAAUUGA